GUGGCAACGCCGUCCACUUAUUGCUGUUACGCUCUGUAUCUAAGCAUUAUGCGUGUUUAUUGUAUGCAUAUCUCUGUCUGGCAGUCAUAAAGCUGAAAUCAAAGACCGACGUCGAACAAAGUGCGAAAUAUAGACUGAAUAAUUUAUAAUUAGUAUUCACGCGGUCUUCACCUUAUUCACAAUAUGGCCUUUGGAAAAGUUCUGCUGGAAGCACUAAUAACGCUGCUUCACAUCAUAAGCGAUCGCUUUCUGGAGUUUGUAUUGGGCUGGUUUUUGGGGCCCCACCGACGUGUUGCAACACCGCAGAGUGUGGAGCAACAGGUUAUAUUGACCAAGAGUGCGGUCGAGUUGGCACAGCAAAUACGCGAACGCAAGCUCAAGAGUUACGACAUCGUCAAAGCUUAUUGCGAACGCAUCGAAAUCGUGAAUCGCGAACUCAACGCUGUGGUCGAUGGCCCCUUUGAAACUGAGGCACUGCAGCAGGCGCGAGAAAUCGAUGCCAAGCUGGAAGCUAAUGAAUACAGCGAGGAGCAGUUGAAGGAGCUUCCCUUUUUGGGAGUGCCUUUCACCACUAAGGACAGCACUGCGGUGGCUGGCAAGCUGCAUACGCUGGGCUUGAUUGCUCGCAAGGAUGUGCGUGCCAAGGAGGAUGCGGAGUGUGUGCGGCUGAUGAAGGUCAGUGGCGCCAUCUUCAUUGCUACCAGCAAUGUGCCAGAGGUGAACAAGUGGAUGGAAUCACGCAACAUGCUCAUUGGUGGCACCAACAAUCCAUACGAUUUGCGACGCUCCGUUGGUGGCUCGUCGGGCGGCGAAGGAGCGCUGAUUAGCGCCUGCUGCACGGGCUUUGGCCUGGGCACCGAUAUUGGCGGCUCCAUACGCAUACCCGCCUUCAAUUGCGGCAUCUUUGGCCACAAGCCCAGCGCCGGCGCCGUUAACAUGGCAGGCUGCACUUUUCGCACCGGCAAGGAGACGGAGACCAUGGUGAAUGCGGGACCCAUGACUCGGCAUGCCACCGAUUUGCUUCCCAUCAUGAAGGUGCUGCAGGAACCGAGUGUCAAGGCUGUGCUUAAGCUGGACCAGCAGGUGAACGUUAAGAAGCUGCGUUACUUUUAUGUGGCGAGCAAUGGAAUGCGUCAAUGCAAUCCUAUUAAUCGGGAGACUGAGCGUGUCAUGUACAAUGUGCGUCAACAUUUUGAAUCUCUUAGCGGGCAAGAGGUGCGAUUGGUUCAACUGCCGCAGGCCAAGUUGACGGGCAAAAUGUGGCGCUAUUGGAUGACACAGGAGCCAUCAAACUUCAAUCUGUUGCUAGGCAACGGCGUCGUCUUGAAUCCCUUCGUGGAGCUUUUCAAGAAGCUGCUGGGAAAAAGUGACUUCAGCAUGGCGGCGAUUUAUUCGCUUAUUGACGCUUUGCUGCCCAAGGAGUCGGAGCCAUUGAUAAGGGAUGCGACUCAGAAAUGCAAGAAAUAUCUGCAGGAAUUGCUGGGCGACGAUGGAAUUUUGUUCUUCCACAGUUCGCCACGAACGGCUCCAUUCCAUUAUUAUCCGCUGGUCAAGUUUAUGGACUUUAGCUAUUUCAGUUUGUUCAAUGUGCUGAGACUGCCGGCAACGCAGGUGCCCAUGGGAUUGGAUUCGAAUGGCAUGCCGCUGGGUAUUCAGGUGGUUGCCAAUCACAAUAACGAUCGUCUUUGCUUAGCUGUAGCCGAGGAGUUGGAGCGCUCCUUUGGUGGCUGGGUGCCCCCUUUCCCUCUAAAACAGUAAACGUGGGUGAAGUGGUUUUAAUAAUACUCUAAACUGGUUUUGGUUAAUGACGAAUCAUCAUUUGACUUUCAGAAAUUUUUAAUUAAAUGCAAUAAUACAUGAA